AAAUCCCUAAGCGGUCUCUUUCCGUCGGGGCCCAGCUUGGGUACGGGUUUUAGUUGGUCCGGGAGGUCCCAGAUUCUCGGAUACUGCAGCUUCUGUCGCGUGGAACCGACUCUGGCUGCUGGAGCCCCAGGGAGGACCCAGGACAUCCGGAAACCAGAAAUGGACUCAGUGGCCUUUGAGGAUGUGGCUGUGAACUUCACCCAAGAGGAGUGGGCUUUGCUGAGUCCUUCCCAGAAGCAGCUCUACAGAGAUGUGAUGCUGGAAACCUUCGGGAACUUGGCCUCUGUGGGUAAGAAGGACAACAUUUCCUUCCCUAGUCAAUUAGAAGAUAACAUUAAUAAACCAAACAUUGAUAAUGCGCUUGUCAUUUUUCAUAGAAGUCUGGUGGAGAGACUCUGUGGACGUAAAGAAGGGAGUGACCACAGAGAAACCUUCAGCCAGAUUCCAGAUUGUCACCUGAACAAGAAAAGUCGUACUGGAGUGAAACCAUGCAAAUGCAGCAUGUGUGAGAAAGUCUUCCGCCAUCAUUCAUUCCUGGACAGGCACAUGAGAGCUCACGCCGGACAAAAACGACAUGAGUGUGGUGAGGAAUGGGGAGAGAAGCCCGGUAAACAGAAGCAGCGUGGGAAAACCUCCAUUUCUCCCAGGAGUGGUCCACGGCACACAGUAACACCAACUCCAAAGAGACCUUAUGAAUGCAGGGUGUGUGGGAAAGCCUUUCAUUCUCCCAAUUUAUUUCAAAUCCAUCAACAAGCUCACACUGGAAAGAGGCGCUAUAGAUGUAGGGAAAUCGUGAGAGCCUUCACCGUUUCCAGUUUCUUUCGAAAACAUGGAAAAAUGCACACUGGAGAAAAACGCUAUGAAUGUAAAUACUGCGGAAAACCUUUCGAUUAUCCCAGUUCAUUUCAAAUUCAUGUGAGAACUCACACGGGAGAAAAACCUUACAAAUGUAAACAAUGUGGUAAGGGCUUCAUUUCUGUCACUUACCUUCAUACACAUGAAAUCAGAACUCACGCGCUGGAGAAAUCGCACCAGUGUCAGGAAUGCGGGAAGAAACUCAGCUGUUCCAGUUCCCUUCGCAGACACGAAAAAUCUCAUAAUGGAGGGAAACUCUACGGAUGUCAAAAAUGUGGCAAAGUCUUCAGAUGUCCCUCGUCCCUUCAAGCACAUGAACGAGCUCACACUGGAGAGAGACCUUAUGAAUGUAAUAAAUGUGGUAAAACCUUCAAUUAUCCCAGUUGUUUUCGAAGACAUGAGAAAACUCAUAGUGGAGAGAAGCCAUAUGAAUGUAAAAGGUGUGGCAGAGCCUUUGGGUGGCGCAGCUCCCUACAGACACAUGAAAUGAUCCACACUGGAGAAAAACCCUUUGACUGUAAACAGUGUGGUAAAGCCUUCACUUGUUCAAAAUACCUUAAAAUUCAUGAAAGAACUCAUUUGGCCGGGCAUAGCCGGCCCUUUAGCAGGCUGGGGCAGGGGAAUCACCUGAGCCCAGGAGUUUCAGACCAGUCUGGGCAACAUGAGAAGGACCCAUACUGGGCAACGUUUGCGCUGCCAGACGCGGAGCAGUUGUGGCUAGCGAUUGUGGUCGUAAAGUCGAAUGGUCGUAAGUUGCAUAGGUGGUAA